AUAAAUUCCUCUUCCCAACCCACAUACCUACUCUCAUUUAAUUUUGUAACGUAAUAAAGCAGAGACAAUAUAAUUAAGGGUGACUAAUUCAUCUCAAAUUAGCUAGCUUGUUAUUAUAAUGGCUUCCAAUGUCUUCCGGAGUGUGCUCAAACUUGCUCUCAUUGUCAUUCUCUUCUAUUCAAUGGCUCUGCUCCCUUCCAUUUCAGGAAGAGGAAAACAGAUGAUGAUGAGAAUGGCAUUGGGGUCAAGGCCACCAAGGUGUGUGGGGAGGUGCAUGGGGUGCAGGCCUUGCGUGGCGGCAUUAGUCAUUCCGCCGCACCACAAGAGGCGGCAGCCGCGGUGGUGGUUUAGAAGGACUGCUGCAAGUGGUGGCGGCGGCCCCGGGGAAGAUGAGAACUACUAUCUCCUCUCGUGGAAGUGCAGGUGUAGGAACAAAUACUUUCAGCCUUAGAUAGAUUAUGGUGAUGUGGUA